GAUUAGAAAGCUCAGAUCUACUACACGUGUUGCAUAUUGGUACAUGUGCCUGCGUGUUGAUGGGAGAAGGUCAGCACACGUGUGGAAUUAGCGAACCUCUGCAUUCUUCUCCGUGAAUAUAAGCGUGUGGGAGAGCCGAGCUGUUGCUUGCAGAGAGAGAGAGAGAGAGAGAGAGAGAUGGCGGGAGUUGCAGAGGCGCAGAACAGAGCGAGCGGAAGAGGUCCUCCACCUCAGAUGAGAGGCGGCCCUCCUCCUCGUCCCCGCUUCGAGGCCGUCGAUCGCGAGAAGAUUGGACGUCAUCAUACCAAGGAAGACUUCGCUGUAAGAGGCAAAGAACCCAAGGAUGAGGUCCAAAUCUAUACAUGGAAAGAUGCCACUCUACGUGAGCUGACUGAUCUGGUUAAGGAGGUUGCUCCUGAAGCAAGGAGAAGGGAUGCAAAACUGUCAUUUGCGUUUGUGUAUCCUGACAAGAAUGGUCGUUAUGUGGUGAGACCGGUAGGGAUGACUCAUUCAUACGGGAUUGGGAGGCGACCGGAUGAUGGAAAAGCAUUGGCAGAACUUAGCUUUCAGAUCGGAGAUUACUUGGAUGUGGCCAUUCUAUAGAGAGAGAGGACAGCAGAUUGCCUUAAAAAGCGGUGUGGACAUUUUGCUCAGGAUGCUUAUAAUGACAUUGUCUUGAUGACAACAGAGACUGGUAGGAUGUUGCCCUUUUGAUAUACAGUCACUUUGAUUUGUUGAUAUCCUGUUAUCCUGUAAGGUGGGCCCAGACUCUGUUUUAGUGUCA